AUGUUUCCGCUUCUACCAGCAUAUUUGUUAGCAAUUACUAUUGAUGACCCAAAAGUUCGGGAAUUAUGCCCAAAUGGCAUGAUCACUACAAAAAAAGAAUAUGCUCUUUCCUCUAGUACUCCAUUUCUAUGUCUUUAUGGUAAUUAUGCCUUUGCUGCAAAAAGCGGACAUAGAUUUAAAGCAACUUAUUUAUAUCAUUCAAGUACAGGUAGUACUGGACAAGAUUAUAUGUUAGACCCUUUUAUGAUUGUUGGUGAUCAAAACUGGGUACCAGUCAUUAGACUCACAUACAUUACUAAUGUAGCAUAUGUCAAUUGCAUUAAUUUGGCAAGUUCAUCCUAUACAAAUAAAGCUAUUCGUCGUUAUGAAAUUUUUACAACAAUUGCUAAAAUUAACAAGCGCUUCAUUUAUGAACAUUGUCCAGAUUAUACAGACUAUUACGCAAUUACUGCUGCACAUUCGCAGGAUCCAAAGUUUACCCUAUCUAUUACAGAUUAUGUUACAUAUACAUCAGAACCUACUAAUGAUCCGACCUUUCGAACAGAUGGUUACUUCCAUCAAGGUUUAAUUCCAUACUGCAGAUAUUUAUGCGAAUUACAAAUCGAUGAAGAACCAAAUUCAUGGCGUGAACCCUAUUUUGAAGACAAUCUAUGGCUCUGUGUUCCUACGCAAAAGGGUGCAUACAGUAAGCAACAAGUACAAGAUUACACCAACCAACAACCUAAUUAUUUCUUAGAUCCAGAUUCACAACUUGACGAAACAAAAAUUUUCACAAGCGGUUAUGGUCCAUGGUAUUUAACUGAAGGACAAAUAGAAGGGUGUAACAGUUUUAAUACACUUGAUUAUUUCACAGGACCAUACACUUCUGGAACAGUUCAUACAAUUAAAACAGGUGAGUCAUUAUGCAUGUUUGGUGGUGUUGCAGUUGCAUCAGAUCAACCUAUUAAAGCAGUCUACAAAUACUUUAAUUCUACAGAUAUCACUGUAGAAAGAUAUUCUGAUAGAUAUAAUGGUUUCGAAUAUGUAGGAGUUCAUCAAUUACAGUUCGAAGAAAACUAA